AUGCUGGAAGUAUCUAACCCCCACAGCUACCAAUACAUAAGAGCCUCCACCCGUCUUGAAAGAGUCAGAUUGGUCGAGCUCCACCGCCCAGCAGUCCUUAACGCGUUGAGCCCAGCGGUUUUGCUUGAGAUUUGCCACGCCCUCCAAGCUGCAGACUCGAACCCAGAGAUUCGCUGCAUUAUUCUCGCCGGCUCGCCCGAGCUGAAGGUGUUUGCCGCAGGAGCAGAUAUUAAAUACAUGUUAACGCUUUCCAGCGAGGAUGUUUUAAACCAGAAGGGAAUGCAUUUGGGCACGUGGGACAAAAUUUACCGCACCCUGAAGCCUAUGGUAGCUGCAGUGCAAGGGCUUGCGCUUGGGGGCGGCUGUGAGCUUGCCAUGUGCUGUGACAUUAUUUUGGCCACCAAGAAGACUCGUUUCGGCCAACCUGAGAUAAAGCUAGGUAUCAUUCCGGGGGGAGGAGGAACCCAGCGGUUUACCCAGAUUAUGGGUAAGUCCAGAGCUAUGGAGCUUGUUCUCACAGGGGACAUGUUCGGAGCUGUCGAGGCCAAUAACAGAGGACUUGUUGCUAAGCUCUAUGAUGAUUAUGAAGACUUAAUGAAAGGGGCAUUGUAUUUGGCCUAUAGGAUCAGUGGAAUGUCUCCGAUCGCUAUCGCCAACACCAAGCGGUCUGUCAAUGAGAGCUUCGAACUAGGAUUGACAAGCGGCUUGAAGACAGAGCAAGCCUUCCUUAUUCAGGGGUUACUAAAUAGCAGGCUCGGUGAGGGAGAUGAUGAGGAAGAGGAUGAGUAG